AUGACUUUUAACGGCUUUGGCACACAGACAGCUUGGCCUGAUGGAACAUGUUUCGCUAGCAAAGACAGAGAAAUUUCCAAAGGAAGGACCUAUAUCCGCGACUUGAGUCAAGGAAUGAACAGUUUUGUAAGUAGAAAGUGUAGCCAAGCUGAAAAUAUUGACUCAAGAUGAGAAAACCAGCUGUUUUUUUACCCCCGUAAAUUUUUACCUCCGUGUAUCUCUUCAUUCAGUUCAGAGGUUCCUAUGCAUUUUAUACCUGGUUGGAAACCGAUGCUUUUGAAAUUAAUUUAGUCCUAGAUUAAGAUGAAAAGUAAUUUAAAUAUAUUUUAUUCCUUAGAACAUUGUUGGACUUGUCGUAGCCAAACAGGGAGUUCACGCUUUUCCAGACAGAAAGAGUAAGAUAUUUCUCAGCCACUCUUUGCUUCUUUGCCAAUAGUAUUUUGACCCUUUGAUGCUAAUAGAAGUUUAUCUGAUAUUUUUUGCAGACCCAGGCACAGAAAAAUGUCACUUCUUUUUCACUCUCAGAGAUACGCCUACAGAUUUCAUUAAUGUUAACUGCUGGGGGAAUGAACGUUUCAUUUACGACCUUGCAAAUUCCUUCAAAAUAAAUGACGUUGGUAUGUUUUAUUGUCUCUUUUAUUCAAAACAGCUUUCACUUACUUAGAAAUGUAAGCUACAUAUUUUAUCAUUAUCAUCAUUAUCAUUUAUAUUGAUAUUAUCCUAAUUGUUAUGAAUUACUAUCAGUCAUUGAUUUUUGCCUGAGGGGGGUUUCUGAGGCUUUUGGGGGUGAUCAGUUGGUUUUUAGGGAGAAGGAAGAGGCGAUCAGUUGUCACUAACAGAGUAUUAAGGGGGAUGGCUAUAGAAAAUUAACUACCAAUGAGAGGGAGGGGGUCAUUAGAAUACAACAGAGCCUUAGGGGGGGAUCAGGUAAAUGCCAACACCUUCCACCCUUCCCCCCCCCUUCCAGGGGAUAAAUUAUGACUGUCCCCAAACAUUGGCCUUUUUUUGCAUUAUCAGUCAAAACUGAUAUCUUGCUUACCAUUACCAUUUUUAUCAGUAUUUUCAUUGUUAUUACAGUGGAAGUAAGGAAUCCCCAGAUACAAAAUAAACAAAGCAAUGAAGCUGAGCAAAGAUGGAGACCAUGGACAUCAAGGUGAGCAGUAUUUCAGUAAACUGACUUUUAAAAAGUAAAAUGCAUCGAUACAAUGAUGACAAUGAUAAUAACAAUGACAAUGACAAUGACAACGAGAAUGCUAAUAAUUGGUGAAAGUGAAUUGGAACAAAUGUGAUCCUACUAAUUUAUUCAUUUCCAGGCCAACACUGCUUCAAGAUUGAUAAUUUUUUUUUUCGUACAUUAUUUAUUCAUUUGUUCAUAUUUUUUGUAUUUACUGUUUCCAUUGUAGCCCGUACCAGCUGCAUGUCAGUGAGACAUAUUCGUCUGUAAGUUUAUUCAGUGGAUGGGACAUGAGUGAGUUUGACAAGAUUUCACAUGUACCCUUUAAGGCCAGUAAUGAUUUCUAUACCCUGGGAGAUAUCAUAGCCAACGAUCAGAACUUGCAUGGAGAACAUGUCAAUAUCCAAGCUGUUGUAAAAAGUGUAAGUAUUAUGGAUUUUAGAUCUAGUCUGACCACAUGUGAAUUUGCAUGUCAAAUCGCACACAUUGCAACAUAAAAUAAAAUAAAUUAGACAAUGAGCCACUAUCUUAUUUUAAGUAAAAACCAUUUCCGACUAUUUUUUUUUUCUGAAAUUUUUUCAUACUGGCAGAAUUGUUCUUUUAUUAAGUUCCUUUCUUUAAUGUCGUAUAGUUACAAUUUAUUUUUUUUUAGAUUGGAGUGCCAAGAGACAUCGUUACCAAAACAGGAAAACGAGUCAAGAGAUGUGAAGUGGUUCUGUUCGAUGAAACCUGUUACUCAUUCCCACUCAUCAUGUAAGCAUGCAUUAUUUGGGGAAAUGUUUCUGAUUAAAAAAUUAAUGAAUGGAAAGACGUCUUCUUCCUAAUAACGUACACUUAUCUGGAUACUUCAUUAACAUAUCUGGUUUUUCUUGCAAUGCAUAAUCUUAAAACUCAGUGAUUAUAAAUACUCAUGUGCAACUCUGGUAAGAACAGCUGUAUAACUAUUUUAUCAGGUGGGAUGAAGACACGAUAGAAAUGUCUCAAACGUGGAUGCCUAAAGAUAUAAGUAAGUGUAACGUUCAGCCAUCAAUUACAAGAAAUGCCUUUGUAAAUUCUGCCAUUUGUUAAUAUUCUUUGCUCCGUAGUUCUUUUUAUCGCAGAUGUCAAAGUGACCUUUGACGACUUCAAAAAGUGUAUGAUCGCUACGUGUGAUAAUAAAACCAUUAUUACUGCAAAUCCAGGUAAUACCGAAAUUUCCAUGAGUCAUAUGUAUAUGUAUGAAUUAAAAGUAGAUUGAAAAUCGUAGCUCGUUUCUGAGGCCGUAAAAUUUUUAUGUAUGUUAAUGCUAGGAAAAGUAUUAAUUGUCUGACCUUUGUGUAUUGUAAUAAUUUCAGAUACCAUGGAAGCUCGGUACUUAUAUAAUUAUGCACAAUCACUGGAGCUCUUGGAUGAUGAUCCUCUGAAUAACCCUGAGGCAUCCCUAGAAGGGUAUAAUUGUAAGUAUUUCAUGCAAAUGUGUCGUCAAGAGCUGGACAUUAUCUAAAAAAGUGUAUUUUAUUAAUCUGUAGUGGAAAAUGUAAAGAACGUGUACAGCGUUCAACAACUCAAGCAAAUAAUGGCAGAACUGGACAACAGCACGCAACAGAUUCCCACAUUUGGGAUUGUUUAUGCCUGUCUUACUUCCUUUGACAUUGACAGCGAUGUAAAACAAGUAAUAGCGUCACGAUGGUUAGUGCAAAAUAAAACUUUCUCUUCGUCUUUUAUCAGGUUCAAAACAAGUCAUUAGCUUAAAACUGUACUCACACCUUUUCCGAAGCCAAGAACAAGAGACAAGGAGUAGUAAGCUAGCUCACAAGUAAAAGGUCGUAUAUGCCAUCACCUUAGUUAUCGUUCUUAGUUUCUUCUUUUUUGCUCAAUCUAAUAUCGCAGUGCCGUUCAAAAAGAGCCUAUCUUAGAACAUGAAAUGUUUGCAGUGCUAUAAAUAAUUAUGUUUUCCUUCUUGUAUAAGUGUGUCUUGUAAUCAAAGAGUAGCACUGCUAAGCGAGACGUGCAUGAACCCAGAAUGCCCUGUGUCGUCAAAUCCUACCCCAUCUAGCAGUUCAACCCCACAGCAAACAAUCAAGACACAGUAUGAAAUAAUGGUCUCCCUGAGUGAUCACACGGGAACAGUUGAAAAUUGUAGGCUUGCUGAAAACUGUGCGGAGACAAUGUGUGGGUGCAAAGUAAGUUCAACUGAUACAUGCUCAAUGCGGCAUGUUGCCAGCCGCACUUGCUGCUCCGCGUCGCCAAAAAUGUUUUUGGACUAUGCUCAUAAAAUUAUUAAUAGGCAAGAGAAAAUGAGAGAACCAUCCUUGAGAUAUCACACUGAUGUCGGUUGAUCAGUCAGGAACAGUGUUCAAUAAAGCUGACUCACUUCAUUUGUGGUGAUCGAUAAACACGUAUACAGAAUGUACGAUCUGUGCUAAGCUGGGUUUUCCUGCUUGCGACUGCGAUUACCUGAGCAUGGCGCCUACAUAACGAUUCUGGCUUGAAUUUCUAAGCAGAAACGAGCGUGUAUGUGAUGAUCACAUACAAGAUCGAGCCAGUUUACACAAAAGCCCUUACAUGGGCCACAUGCCCGUGGGCAGAUGAUUAGAUACGCAUCCAAUUUAACUAGUCAGCUCGAGACAAACAGGAUGUGAUCUAUUUUUAGUCUUUCCUUCCAUAAUUAAUUUGCCUUCUUGUUUGCUCGUAUUUCCCUAUCUGAUUUGAUCUUAAAUGUUAGGCAGUGGACUUUGCUCGAUGGACCAUUCCUCAGCUGACAAAUCUGAAACUACAGUUCCUUUUGGAGAGGUGUAAAGUUUAUUUUAAGGUAUCAACAUUCCAAAAAAGUGAAAAUACUGCAGUAGAGUUUUCUUUACUGAUACCCUGCUCUCCGCUUUCUCUCAUCAUUGAUAAGGAUGCCAAUUGGAAAAGAAAUCAUCUAAACAAUGUUUUUUUAAAUUUUCUUUCAUUCAUUUUUUCCCGUAAAUCUGAAUCAACUGCAUUUGGCUUUUACCUUAAAAGGUAAAGUCAGCGCAAUUCCUACCAGUCUUCUCGUAUUUCCAUUAAAGCUUAUAAGCCAGCUGUAAAACUUACAUAUUGAAAACAAGUUUACAUUUGCAAAACUAUUUCCAUCUUUAAUGGUAAACAGAGCUUAAAACUAUCUUAUGUCUUUGUUUCAGCUCACAAUAUCAAGUUCCAAUCGAUCCACAAGCGCCACCAAAAAGUGGAUUAGAUUGUUAUCUUGUACUUUGGUUGACCCCAAGGAAGCUGUCGAGUCGCUAUCUUGAUCUUUGUACCGCUAAUAUUCAAGACAUUAAACACGUGCGCCUAUAGUUUAGUCGUUUUCCAACUCGUGCUUUGUUGCAUAAUGAUUUAAAAGAAAUUCUAUGGUCAUUGGCCAGGCGCCAACGUACCCAAUAUUUGUAACUAAUAACGUUUUUACUUCCAGUCAGCUAGGUCUUAGUUCACUAAAAGAAAGCAGGUGUGACCGCGACCGAUCAGCUGCAAUCUUUAAUAUGCUUCCUUUCAUCGUUCACUUUCAUGUGGGGCGACUUUACCACUUGGCACAAAAUUUGUUGUUCCUCUCCGCUUGAAGCCCAUGUAAAUCAUGUCCUUUAUACUAUGUUCUUUGAACAAGUAUCAGAUUAAAGUGCUUAAGCCCAGUUGGUGGUUUCCAGUCUGUUUACAACGUUUGGUUUGAACAAACAAAGAGACAAUUCACGAUUUGCGGGCGAAUGAGUCGUACAUUACGACAGGAAGUUACGGAAUAUGUAAGCGCACCAUCGGUUUAGUUAGCUACGGUUUUUACGAAAAUAUCGAAAUUAAACAGUUUGAAAUUUUGGGCCUUAAGAGAUGGUAUUUAACGCAAACGAACCCUUCCGUUUUAGUAUGCAAAUGUUUUUGGCAUAAGCUCCGACGUUUAAGAUAUUUGCACGAUAUUGUGCUUCCACUUUGUCAGUUUCGUACGUGUGACACACUUCAUAAGACCGGUUAAUUUUACGCUCAUGUCUAAUUCAUCAUGAUGCGAUUCCUUCUUCGGGAAAUCUUUUGAUAAUACGUGAUAUUCUCACCAUUUAACUAUAAAGGGCGGAGGAGAGUGUACAAUAAAAAUUGUGAAAGAAAACCGCUCGUACAAACUUCUAGAACACAUGACACUUCAGCGUGCGUGCAAAUACGCAUAAUCUUUGGCUCCGACUUCCGAGAAAGCAAGUCAACGAAUCCAUGACUUAAGUUUUCAACUUCAGUUGUGAUUGUGCACAUCGACGUAAUGCGUGUAAUAAUAGAAAUAAAAGUAUUCCUUAUUUGAAACCUCGAUCCAUAUUUUCCCUACCCGUUCGGUCGUGAUAUUUUUCAAACAAAAGGAUAAGAAAACGAUCCCUUGAGAGCCGAUAAUCUGUUGCCCAAUAGGUACCUGCUAGCAGGCAUGAGAGAAUAUUACAUCGACACAUGAAGUUAGAGAUUUUUCUUAGCAUUUUACAACCCUUAUUUUCUGUACCACUUAAUGAUACAGAAUGUUCUUUAAUAUUCUUCAUGCGUCAUUGUCACAUGCCCUGCACCUGAGAGCUUGUCGCCAAACUUCGUCAAAUUUGCAUUGGAAUGUUGUUUCACAGCCAUGCGGGUAUUUUUAAUUGCGCAACUAAAGAGCAUAUUGAGUAAUUCAAAGUUAGCAAGAACAAACAGUAUCUUUCUUUUGCUAAGAAAAUGAAAACUACGCUUUCGAUAGCUGUGGCUGCCUCGCGGAAAUCGUUCAACAUUUAUGACUUCCUUAUCGACAACCUGACACUAGCGAGCGCGUGACCGGACUGUUGUGUCUCAAUCCAAAAAUAAUCCAUAGCUUUCGCGCCAAAUUCCACCGGGAUGAACUUUGGAGUAUUACAGCCCACUCGAUUGUUUUUUGCUCAUGUUGAUUGGCUAAUGAAACAAUUGAUAGUUUUCUUCCGCGAUCUGAACCAAUCAGGUGUUUGUUAUUAUCACGUGGUAUGCUUAUGUUCUGCAACCAUGAAUGAAUGACUGCAUCUUAGCGCGCCACGACGACGGUUUAUUUUACUCUUUUGUUUUGGUUUAAGCCGAAACGUAGAUUCAUUCCUCGUGGUGAGAGAGACACGAAAACGAAAAUGUGGGACAGAAACAUCAUGAGUUCUUGCGAAGUAGUUAAAGAUCGCUUAUAUUUUGUGAGUGUGAGUUGUAAACCGCGAAACAACUCGUCCUAUCACUAUUUUAGCGUGGAUCCUGACUCGACUCUCGACGGUUGUAAAUUUCACGACACACCUUACUUCGGACCGCCAAAUCUGGCUGGAAUCUACCGUUUCUGUUGCCUUGUUAACACUAAACUUCACAUGGUCCCGGUUUCGAAGAAGAUUGUUCUUUACACAACAGCUAAUGAGGGCUUUUCCGACGCGAAGAAGCGAACGCGGUCUGUUUUCCUGUGUGGGGCCUUCGCCAUGUGUCAACUUAAGAUGACUGCCGAAGAAAUUUACGCUUUACUAGAAAAGCACUUCCUGUCUUCAACUCUGGUUUCUUACUGCGAUAUCAAUGGUAAUGUAUCCCACAACCUUAGCAUUCUAGACUGUCUCAAAGGUUUUGAGAAGGCAAUAGCGCUGGGGUUCUUCAAAUUUGACGAGUUUGACUUGAAUCGAUACGAGCAGGAAGAGCGCGCUUUUGAUUUGAACUGGAUCAUUCCGGGAAAGUUGUUGGCGUUGAGUGAUCCUCAGAGAAGACCUGAACUCAAAGUGAGUCGAUUCAGUCGCCUGAGAAAAUAUUUCAGGCAGACUGGAGUCAAGGGUGUCGUAAGACUGAAUAAGGACGACAACAUGGUGAAAUACGGGCUUAUUUACGAUGCGCGAUGUUUUACCGCCAACGGCUUCUCGCAUAGCGAUCUUUACUAUGAAGAUGGUGGAAUUCCAACUAAAGCAAUCAUCAAGAAAUUCACACGAGUCGUUGAUCAGUGCGAUGGAGCCGUCGCCGUUCACUGCCGAGCCGGUUUAGGAAGAACAGGAACUCUAAUCGCAUGUUAUUUGAUCAGACACUACCGAUUUUCAGCUGCCGAGUCCGUAGGUUGGUUACGCAUCUGUAGGCCGGGCAGCGUGUCAACACUUCAACAUUGUUUCCUCGAACAUAAACAAGAACCGAUUAUGCGGGGGUAUCCCGAAGAUAUGAAGAUCGAAGAUCUUACCGAAGCCGUGAAAAAAAGUUUGAACAUGUUUUCCUACCAAAACACGAUCAUCGAAGAGCAGGAGGAGUAA